GCUACUCUCCGGCAAACGUUCAAGUUCUGCGUCUGGCCAGAAUACUUAAUUAGCCACAGUUCUACUCAGCAUGGGCCAACCGUGGAGAAAUGCUAUGUUGAAUUUCCAACAGUUAUGGAGCUGUUAAAGGCACAGGAGCCCUGCUAGAAUAAAAAGGUGGCCAUUCUUGUACAGGCCCUUCAAAUAAGGCGUACCUGAAAAGUUCAUUCAAUAUUAUGGUCUACUGUGGCGUUUAGAGGAUAGUGUAUCGCAGUCCGCUUAGUCCUAGACACUUUCUGGAGCAAUUUUUAAAAAGGCUCACAGAAUGAUGUCACAACCCGCGAUGACGCGUGAGAAGGGAUAUGCCAAGCGCGCCCCGCAAGACACCUGGACCCUUAACAGUGACAUGAGAAGAAAAUUCAGCCAGGAAAGAUCCCCACCUUUGAAUGUCUGUCUUCUCAAACCCGUUAAAGGCACAACAGAAAAUAAGCCCUAGUGCUGCUGAAUUUGCAUUUGAACAUUCUCCGACUUAAAGAUUUUUGGAAAAGUAUCGGAGUCUCUUAAUGGACAUUUGCUUUCACGGUAUGGCCCAGAUAGCUAACAGCAAUGAAUUCAAACAAAGUUCAUCACCAUCUUUGGGCACAGCUAGGGCAAAAGAAGUGGACAAAGAAGAAGCUUUGCAAAUGGAAGCAGAGGCUCUGGCUAAGAUGCAAAAAGAGAAAGUGGUGGCCUGUAAUAGGCAAAGCAUUGAUACUUUAAGCAGCUCCUGGCCAAAUGUACAAUCCCGCAGAAAACAGGACUAUGAUCUAAUGGUGUUUCCAGAAUCUGAUGCCAAGAAGACAGUGGGUGACAAGUUGAACACUAUUGACCUAGAGAAAAUUACCCAUGCUGAGCUAGAGAAACUGCUGCUGGAGGACAGCUUUGAAGCCAGCAAGCCACCCACAAUGCCACCAGCUCCUAUUAUGAGUCCAUCAUUCUCGUCACAAUUUUAUGCUAGCUCUGCUGUUCAGUGGACAACUGGGUUGCCUGGGCCUUCAGCUUGCACUGUACCUUCAAUUUACUCUGCACCUUCUUACAGUAAACAAGUUGGUAUCUUUCAGAAUGGCUUCCAUCCAGGUAUGUCCACUUACCAGUCUACAAAGCCUGUUUAUCUUGGUCUUCCAGAGAGAUAUAUUUCAUACCCAUUGCCAGCUGCCACAACUUUCCAUCUUCAAGGAAGUUUGCCUGGAUAUCAUCCUGCUCUUACACCUGAAAUGGCAAAAGUAUUUGAUAAGAUAGCAAGCACUUCUGAAUUUCUAAAAACUGGGAGGACAAGCACAGAUUUAGAAAUAACUGACACAAAAUCUACAAUUAGUUUGCCAACUUCUGAAAAUGCCAAUGAUAUUAGUAAAUUUGAUUGGUUGGAUUUGGAUCCUUUAAGUAAACCAAAAGUAGACAAUGUGGAUAUUUUGUACGCUGAAGAAGAUUCUGGAAAGGUGACCUGCAAUAUAGUUGUUGAAGAUCCUUGGGAUGCUGUCCUGCAGCAGGAGAAAUCCACAGGAAAAUGCCGCCUUGAAAGAAGAGUUAGUGGGAAGUCUACUUCUGGGGCUACAGUUACAAGAAGUCGGUCUUUGAACAUUCGAACUGCUCAGCUUGCUAAGGUGCAGGGCCAGUCAUCACAGGCUGACAGUGGGACCACUAAUCUACCAACAGGAAAUAACCUUUUCAAAAACAUUGAAGAGCAAAAUCAAGAACAAGCUGCAUUUUGUGAUACAGUUGCAAAGCUGAGGACCAAGUUUCCUUAUACCGUUUAUGAUACAAACUCAGGCUAUGUCUUGAGUCCAGUUUUGUUGCAAAGAAACAUCAGUGGAGAGAAUUCUAGCAUCAAAAUUUCAAUAGAAAUUGAAGGCUUCCAACAGCCAGUAACAUUUACAUGUGAUGCAAGUUCUCCAGUUGAGCUUAUAAUAAUGCAAGCACUUUGUUGGGUACAUGAUGACUUGAAUGACGUAGACAUUGCCAGUUACAUACUGAAAGUUUGUGGAGCAGAAGAAGUUUUGCAGAAUAAACACAGUAUAGGUAGCCAUGAAUACAUUCAGAACUGUCGAAAGUGGGACACAGAGAUUAAAUUGCAGCUCUUAACCCGAAGUCUAAUAUGCAGAGAUCUUGCACGAACAGAAGAUGAUGAGACACCUGUUGAUUUAACAAAGCAUCUCUACCAUGUAGAAAAGCUUUUCAGGGAGAGUAUUCCAAGCCACUCUCUUGAAGAGCUGUUAGAAGCUUACCAUAAUCAAGCUGACAUGCUACUUAAAAAUGAGAAUCAACUUAAAGCAGUAGAGCAGAUCAUUAAGGCUGUUAAAAAAAUUUGCUAUACAUUGGAUGGGGUAGAGACACCUGCAAUUACAACAUCUGUAAAGAAGUUAAGAAGAGCAGUUAAUCUUCCAAGGAGUAAAAGCCCUGAGGUGUCUUUGCCAUCUUCUGAUGACACUAGCAAGGAUGCAGUUGCUUCAUCACAACCAGCAAACCCUCUGCAAACAAGCAUAGAUCAGCUGACCUCAGCAGUCUAUGCCCUUCUUCAACUCUACUUGAACUCAUGCGGCACUCCUGCAUGCACUCCAAAGAAUGAUAGAAGCACUAAAGAUGCAUGGACCACCACAGAGCACCUCCAGUUCACAAUAUUUGCUGCUCAUGGAAUUCUCAGUGGCUGGGUCUCAACUUAUGAAAAAUACUAUUUGGUUUGCUCUUUGACCCACAAUGGAAGAGAUCUGUUCAAACCUGUGCACUCCAAAAAAGUUGGCACGUACAAGAAUUUUUUCUAUUUGAUUAAAUGGGAUGAAUUGAUAAUUUUUCCUAUACAGAUAUCUCAGUUGCCAUUAGAAUCUAUCUUAUGCAUUACACUCUUUGGAAUAUUAAAUCAAAAUGGUGGUAGUUCACCUGAUACAAAUAAACAAAGAAAAGGCCCAGAGAUGUUGGGUCAAGUUUCCUUACCUCUCUUUGACUUUAAACGAAUGUUGACUUGUGGAACUAAACUUUUAUAUCUUUGGACAACUUCCACAAAUAUGGCUGGGAUUACCCUUAAAAAAGGAAAUCUGAUGGAAAGAAUAGUAUUGCAGGUUGACUUCCCUUCCUUACCAUUUGAUGUUAUAUACAAGACUCCAGAAACCGCAAGUAGUUUUAUAUGUUGUUCUAUAGACACACUGGAAGAAGAUUCAAGAGAGCGUCUUCUUUCCAUUCUUUCCAAAGACGGUACUCUUAGACUGUCUAGAAAGGAUAAAGCCUUUUUGUGGGAGAAGCGACAUUAUUGCCAUACAGAGGCAAACAGUCUUCCAAAACUGUUGGCAAGUUCCCCAAGCUGGGAUUGGACAGAUCUCCCCGAAAUAUAUUCACUGCUUCAGCAGUGGCCCUCUUUGCCACCUUUGACUGCACUAGAAUUACUGGACAAGAAUUUUGCAGAUCAAGAAGUAAGAACAAGAGCUGUACAAUGGAUUGAGGCAAUAAGUGAUGAUGAACUUGUUGACUUUCUUCCCCAGUUUGUGCAGGCACUAAAAUAUGAAACCUAUCUGGACAGUGCUCUAGUCAGAUUCCUUUUGGCCCGAGCAUUAGGAAAUAUUCGAGUAGCGCAUUACCUAUAUUGGUUACUAAAAGACACCUUACAUGAUGUCAGAUAUGGUGUAAGGUAUGAGCAUAUCCUUGGUGCCUUCCUUUCAGUCUGUGGGAGAAGACUUAGAGAAGAGUUGGAAAAGCAGACAAGACUGGUAAAGAUCUUGGGAAUGGUAGCAGAAAAAGUUAAGCAAACAAGUGGAUCUGCCAGACAGAUCGUCUUGCAAAGUGGAAUGGAACGUGUGCAGUCGUUUUUCUUAAAAAACAAAUGCCGUUUGCCUCUUAGUCCAAGCCUUGUAGCAAAAGAACUGAAUGUCAAGGCAUGUUCCUACUUCAGUUCAAAUGCAGUGCCUCUUAAAGUUGCUUUGGUGAACGCUGAUCCGUUGGGAGAAGAAAUUAAUGUUAUGUUUAAGGUUGGAGAAGAUCUGCGACAGGAUAUGUUGGCCUUACAAAUGAUAAAAAUCAUGGAUAAGAUCUGGUUACAGGAAGGACUGGACUUGCGGAUGGUUAUUUUCAAAUGUAUUUCAACUGGCAAAGAUAGAGGAAUGGUGGAACUUGUUCCAGCUUCAGAUACACUUAGGAAAAUUCAAGUAGAAUAUGGAGUGACUGGAUCUUUUAAAGACAAACCUCUUGCAGAAUGGCUAAGAAAAUACAACCCUACUGAAGAAGAAUAUGAAAAGGCUUCUGAAAACUUCAUCUAUUCUUGUGCAGGAUGUUGCGUAGCCACAUAUGUCCUUGGUAUCUGUGACCGUCACAACGAUAACAUAAUGCUUCGCAGCACAGGGCAUAUGUUUCAUAUUGAUUUUGGAAAGUUUUUGGGCCAUGCACAGAUGUUUGGAAGCUUUAAGAGGGACCGGGCUCCUUUUGUACUGACAUCAGAUAUGGCCUAUGUCAUCAAUGGGGGUGAAAAACCUACUAUUCGUUUCCAGUUGUUUGUUGAUCUCUGCUGCCAAGCUUAUAACUUAAUCCGGAAACAAGCCAACCUUUUUCUUAAUCUGCUGUCACUGAUGCUCUCUUCUGGAUUACCAGAACUUACUGGAGUGCAAGACUUGAAAUAUGUCCAGGAUGCUCUUCAGCCCCAGACUACAGAUGCGGAAGCUACAAUUUUCUUCACAAGACUGAUUGAAUCAAGUUUGGGAAGCGUUGCCACGAAGUUUAACUUCUUCAUUCACAACCUUGCUCAGCUCCGUUUUUCAGGUCUACCUUCCAAUGACGAGCCCAUCCUGUCUUUCUCUCCUAAAACAUACUCACUUAAACAAGAUGGCCGUAUCAAGGAAGUGUCUGUGUUUACAUACCACAAGAGAUACAGUCCAGAUAAAUAUUAUAUCUAUGUUGUCAGAGUUUUGAGAGAGGGGCAAGCUGAACCCACAUUCAUCUUUCGAACAUUUGAUGAAUUUCAGGAACUCCACAACAAGCUUGGCAUCCUGUUUCCUCUUUGGAAAUUACCAGGUUUUCCUAACAAGAUGGUACUAGGAAGAACUCACAUAAAGGAUGUGGCAGCCAAGAGGAAAGUAGAGCUGAAUAGCUACAUACAGAGUUUAAUGAAUACAUCAACUGAUGUGUCAGAGUGUGAUCUUGUUUAUACUUUCUUCCAUCCUUUACUCCGUGAUGAAAAAGCUGAUGGAAUUGAUGGAAUAGCUAGGUGUACUGAUGCAUGUCCUUCAAGUCCCACCUCAGGCAAAGUAGGAGGAGAAGUUAAGCUGUCCAUCUCAUAUAGGAACAGUACUCUGUUUAUCAUGGUGAUGCACAUUAAAGAUCUGGUUACUGAUGAUGGCACAGACCCAAAUCCAUAUGUGAAAACGUACCUCCUUCCAGAUGUACAUAAGACGUCUAAACGGAAAACCAAAAUAUCACGGAAGACAAGGAAUCCUACAUUCAAUGAAAUGCUUGUAUACAGUGGAUAUAGCAAAGAAACAUUAAAGCAGAGGAUACUUCAGCUGAGUGUACUCAGUGCCGAAUCGCUACGUGAGAACUUUUUCCUGGGUGGUGUCACUCUCUCCUUAAAGGAUUUUAACUUGAAUAAGGAGACUGUCAACUGGUAUCGGCUGACUGCUGUACCAUACAUAUGAGCUUGACAAUUCAUAGAGAUUAUAAUAAGAAUAGAUUUGAUCAAACUUGACUCCACUGCUUUCUGGUCACUUUUCCUACUUGAAGAUAACUUAUACAUUUUUAGCAUAAGACACUGCAGUGCAUCCAAUUAUAGUUGGACCAGCCUUCAAAAAGCUUAAACAAGACUUCUGGAAAAACAGUUCAGCUUUAUGCUUUUACUAUAAUAUCAAAGCAUUGAUGUAAAUUAAUAAUGUACACUUAAUACUUGUGAAUAACGAUGUUCUAAACCAUGACUAGAUGUUCCAAAUUUUUUAUUAAUUCAAAUUUGAAUUGCUUGCCCUUUGAUAUAUUGCAAGCUGCUUUAUAUUUCCGCUGAUGUCAUAUGCAUCACCAUGUUGUAAAAAUACCAAGGUAAAAAAAUGCACCUUUUUAGGAAAGUGUUAGUCAUUGCACAGUCAAAAGGAAAGGUUGGACAGACAACUGAGAAACUUUAUUAUUGCCUAUAACACUAGGACACCAUAAAACUUCAAGGCUGUUAUCAGAAUGAGUGCCAAUAAUGAAAGUUACAAAUUAUAGUGCCUUAUUUUGUCAUUCAACUGCUUCUUGAAUUUCACUUCUGAUAUUUAAAAAAACAGCAUUUUUAUCUAGCUCUUUUAAAAUGAAUGUUUCCUCUUGUGGCUCACUCUUUAAGUAUUUAAUUGAAUAUUUUCCCUCACACUUGUUCAGCUUCCUAGGUCAAAUUCAAAUGAUGUCAAACAUUUGAAUGUUUAUCCACUUUACCUUGGGACCUCCAUUUAUGUGCUCUUAGGAAGUAUCUUGAUGCUGCAAAUAUUAUAUGGAUGCACAUUCAACUGACUAAGUUAUGGCUUGAUACACAACACAUAUGGUUCUAGAAACUUGAUUAGAUUAUGGAUUGUUAGGUAGGGAUUUUGGAUUCAGUUUACAGAUUGUGUUUCUAGCAGUCCUCUGUAAAAAUCUCUCUGUACCAUUAGUAAUGUUUUUUUUAAAUUUACUUCAAAGAGCAAAGGACCAUAGUAUCAAUUGCUGAUUAGAAAUAAGUUGCACUGGUAACUUUUGGUGAUGAAAUUGAGACAGUGGUACCUUGAGUUAACUAGGUAUACCUUCCAGGAGCACUAAAAAGUAAUCCGCCAAGCACUUUAUUCAUUUCAGUGGAACUUGGCUUGCCUUUACUGAAAUUAAUGGAAGAUGUUCUGCACAAGCCCUGAAGAGACUGUAACCUAAAUCACUGACUAACUUGAUCUGAAAUUUAACAUUUUUGUGGCAUCUAAGGGUAGAUUGUAUGUAAAUGCAGCUUAUGUCUGAUGUUGAAAGAGAGCUUUUAAAUGGACAAUAUUUUAAUGCUAAGCCCAAAUAUUUUCGUAAACAUGAUAACAAAUCUCCAUGACAAUGAACUUGAAACAAAAUAUGCAAUGACCAAUGAAAAUAUGGAAGACCAUGACAAUCUUUGUUUUAAUUGCCCAGAGAUAAAUAUGCUUUAAUUUAUUUUCUCUAGUGACCAUUGCUGAUCGACCCCUGCUCUGAACCCAAUAGAGCAAGUUACAAGCACAUGAAUAUUUGGUGCCUAAAACAUCCAUGGUCCAACUAUACACAAUAAAAUGUUAGAAUGUGUCCUUGAAUAUUAAAACUGCAUUGUGGCUAAAAAGAAACUGCUUUUUUAAAAAAAACCCUACUGGUAAUUAUUCUCAAUAUGUAAAUAGUUAUUAUAGAGUAAGUAGAAUAAACUAACUAGAUUGUAUUUCCUGAUCACUUGAUGCUUUUUAAAACUCAUUCCAUUCCAUCCACAGAACCACAAGUCAUUUAAGCAGGAAAUUUAGACUACUGUUUUCGUGAAACGUUCCAUUAAAGUAAUUAAAAGCAAUAUGCGCAGCUUUUUUUGCAGUCUGUAACUAGAGUGCUGUAUCUUGCAGCACAAACUUAGACAUUUAAAGAGUUAUUUCCAUAACAUUUGUCUGCCACUGCUCAUGUGCUAUACUUCUUUUGGUAGCUUUUGUCAGUGUCUUUCAUAGUUCUAGCCUGGGCCUUUGCCCACCUUCACCACUUUUAACAUUUCACAAAAGUUAUUUGUACUCUUGAAAAAAAAAUUAUCCCCAUCAAAAAUUGUAGAGGAACAUCAAGUUUUCAUCUUUUUGUACUAUUUAUAGUAGUGUUGAUCCAAAACAGAUGGUUCUCCAGUUUAGAAAAUAUGCUCUGGAUUUUCAGAGUGACAAAACACAAUAGAAUGUGGAAGGGAAUAAUUGGGAUGAAAGUUAACACUUCACUAAUUUUUUUUAAAUGAGGUGGUGGUACCAUGACACUUUUAUACUUUGCUUAAUCGAAUAAACUCUUAUGCAACAUAAUGGACUGCAGCCGGAAACAAUUUGUCUAUUUACAUUUAUUUUUCAAUUUUUGAGGAGGACAUCUUCCUGUAAGAAAAACAACCUCCAGAUUUUCUGUAUUAAAUAUCCUGGCUAGGACUUUGCACUGAAGUUUUUUAUUACCGUCUUUUUUAUGAUCUGCACACACACACACACACAGCAUGAGUGAUCUUUGAUACUUCUCUAUUUUUAAAAUUAAAAUUGUGUAGUAUCUUGCCUUAAAAUCAAUUGCUCUUUCUAGAAUACUAUAUGGUGCAGCAUUCAGAUAGAACAUUUGCAAGAUAUGGCAGCAGUCCAGUGGCGUGUUAUGAUAAUGGUGGGCUGAAGCAUGCUUAAGUCUGUGUUGGAUUGUAGCCUCUGCAUGUUACAUAAAGAAACAUUUUUCAGGCAAUAUUGUACCAUUACAAUCCAUAGGAAUUUUCCCCCUAUGCUUUAUACUCUCAUACUGUGACUGAAACUACAGCAAAUUUAUAGAUAAUGCAAUUUAUUGGGAGCAGUUUGCCCUGAAUUGUCUAUUUAUCUCUAAGAACCAAAUACUUCAGUUAUAUUACACAGAUAGAUAAUAAAGAUGUACAGUAUUUCUAUCAGUAUCCUAACCCAUAAUACAUGGGUUAAAUGUGACUCCAUAACUGUUCUACAAUUACAUUAAACACUAUUCUGGAAUA